CUGAGCAGCGUUAUAUCCGGGGGUAGGAAGGUGACGUCGAGUGCGUCACUUCCUGUACGGCAGCCAUAACUGUUGGCGGGUAGCUGCUAUCACCGGUUUAAACUUCGUCCGGUAACUUUCCUCCCGCGGCUCCAUGGGCGGGAGAAACUGCUGCGUUAAAAACUGCCGCCGCCGGUCUCACGACCACCACGGAAGGAAAAUCCCGAACGGACUCAACUUCCACUGUUUCCCCGCCUGGAGGCAGAGCGAGGGCGCUCACACGUCCGAGCUGACGAGGCGGAGGAGGGAAGCCUGGGUGGCCGCGGUCGGCCGGAGCGACAUCACCUUCGACCACGUCCCCGCCUCCAUGAGGGUGUGCUCCAGACACUUCCACUCCGGGAACCCAGCGUACGAUAUGCUGGAGUCGGAUCCUGACUGGGUCCCGUCGCUGCACCUGGGUCACGGUGAAGGAAACGGCAGACGGUCCGAGCGAUUCCCACCGUCCGAGCAGUCGAAGGUGGAGCGGCGACAAAGAUGGACGACAAAGAGGAGACAUGAGGCGAGGACGACUCACAGAGAACGAGGAGGAGGAGGAGGGACUCAGGACUCUUUACAGACCACAGGCGCUGCGAGGCCGACGGCUCCUCCAUGGAGAGAAGUGAAGUCUCUGCUGCAGUCGGUUCUGCAGAGUAAAACCAACGAGACGGACGAAUCCGCUGCUGCGAAGAGGAAGAAGACGGAGCUCAGCUUCAGAGACUUUUUCAGAGAUGCUCUCGAGGCUUCUCUGGAGGCCUCCAGCAGGUCCAGAGCCUGGUCACAGAGACCCCCUUCAGUCUCUGAGGAGUACACAGUGGAGCUGAACUUUACACAGAACCAGACCUCCUCCUCCUCCCCCUCCUCCUCCCCCUUCUCCUCCUCCUCCUCCCCCUCCCCUUCCUCCUCCUCCUCCUGUCUGAACUGUCGCAGGCUGCAGAGGAGAAUCACAGAGCUGGAGGAGAAGUUGUGUAAUCUGGAAGGAGAACAGGAGGACAUGCAGACCUCACCUGUGGCCAGCAGGGCCGAGGUCCGACAGAACCAGGUCCUGCAGAGUCCUGAACCAGUUCACAAAGCAGAGGACGAGACUGGAUGGAUGGAGCCUCUCUCUCCACCUCAUGAAAGUGACGAGGACGUGGAUUCGGUCAGCGAUUCGGCCAGUGACUCGACUCCCAGCAGCCCCGGGGUCUUUCAGAUCGUUUGGUCAAAGCAGAGACGUCGCUUGCCUCCUCGCUUCAACAAGGCCUGGCUCAAAACGUUCUGGUUCCUGCGUUAUUCUCCAGACCUGGACCUGAUGUGGUGCCACGUCUGUCGCCUCCACGCAGACAAGAGACACCAGAACAUGGCUUUAAUCAAAGGCUCCAAGAUGUUUAAGCUCGACAACAUCAAGAAACACAGGGACAGCAGAUACCACAAAGAGAAUAUGGAGCGCCACAUGCUGGAUGUGUAUGAGCUGCAGCAGUGAGGACUCACACCAACACUUCACUGAUGCUUAGUUUGGUCUGGGAUCAGUUCAUGUUUCACUGUUAAUGAACCGAGGCAGCGUCCACACUACAGAGGUUCCUCUGACUCAGAAAUCAGAGAAUAAAGAGCCUGCAGAGUCAUUUUGUUUUUAAAGGUUUCAUCUGUAACUUUUCUUCAUUAAAAUGUUAUGAUGUUGUAGAUUUCGUCACAGCGUCAUAUCCUCUUUGUUCAUGUGUCAGUGUUGUGAUUGUCAGAAGCAUCCAAACUGACGUUUUACCCAGUUUUCAGUCUCGUUUUUAACUCACACUUUUUAGAUGUUGGUGAUGAAGGAUUUUAGUCAUCAGACAUUUGGAUCUGAAGUUAUCAGAGCAACAAACUGAGCUAACUUCAGUGCUCGAGUAGAAGGCAGCUGGACUUCUUGUAGGUUAGGAUCGCCAACAAGUCGCACCUUGGCUCAUGUGACCCUAACGACUCACAUGACGACAGGUGGGUAAACACCUGGGACUCCCCUCAGCCUCUGGACCUGAUGAAGCCUUUCACAUGAGAAACAUCUUCAAGAAAACUAAAAGAAGUCCAGCUCCCUUCAACUUUAGCGCUUAAGACAACCACAACCUGGAUGACUGAGAACCUACAGAGACAGAAGCUAAGCUAAUGUUAGCAGCAGGAAUUCUUGAUUUUUAACAUGAACUGUUUUAUUCAGUGUUUGAAUCAGCUGCUCUGUUUGUUUUGGAGAGAAGACCUCUGAGGAGAAUUCAGCUCCUGGUAAAAACCUCCCGAACGACACUGAAGGAAUCCUGACCAGGAGAAACUGACUGCAGUGAAGACAACAACUCCCAUGAUCCCACACUACAUCCCGGUGUCAUUAAACCACAUCUUUUGUCAUUGUUUUGAUUGAGAGACUUGUAAUAAACUGUGUUUAUUUAGUUAAA